UCAACCAAAUGCAUUCCUUCUACUCAAAUUCCAAACCGAAAGCAGAUAAGCCCAUGUGAAACCAAAGGACUAUUAAAAAUUUCUUAUAAGUAUUCUCAUUUGGGCUCACUUUCCAAAAACUGAUCAACCCAUCCACCAAUGGAGAUAGAACCAGCCAGCUGCAGCAGUACUACUGGAGGCUACUAUCGUGACUACGAUGCUACGAACAAUGACGGCGAGGGAGAAGUGAGUAGUCUAGGCGGAAUAAAGAGCAUGAGUAUGAGGGAACGAGCAACGAAUUUGGUUUGGCGAGAUUUGACUGUGGUUUUGCCAAAUUUUGGUCAUGGACACACCAAGAGAUUGCUACGUGGGAUUAGUGGAUACGCGGAACCAGGUCGAAUCAUGGCCAUUAUGGGCCCGUCUGGUUCUGGCAAAUCCACCCUUCUUGAUUCUUUAGCUGGUAGAUUAUCAAAGAACGUUGUAAUGACCGGAGACAUUCUGCUCAAUGGCGAGAAGAAAAAACUUACCUAUGGUGCUGUUGCUUAUGUAACACAAGAAGAUGUACUAAUGGGGACACUAACAGUUCGAGAAACUAUCACGUACUCUGCUUAUUUGAGGCUUCCAAGUACAUUGACAAACGAAGAAGUGAAGGAUAUAGUUGAGGCAACCAUAAUGGAGAUGGGUUUGGAGGAUUGUGGUGAUACAUUGAUUGGAAAUUGGCAUCUAAGAGGCCUUAGCGGCGGGGAAAAGAAGAGAUUAAGCAUUGCUCUUGAAAUCCUUGUACGCCCACGCCUCUUGUUUCUUGACGAACCAACGAGUGGCCUUGAUAGUGCAUCAGCCUUUUUUGUAGUUCAAGCUCUAAAAAGUAUUGCCCGUGAUGGAAGAACCGUGGUUUCAUCAAUUCACCAACCUAGUAGUGAAGUUUUUGCCUUGUUUGAUGAUCUUUUUCUUUUAUCUGGAGGAGAAACUGUGUACUUUGGAGAAGCAAGAGAUGCUAUUACGUUCUUUGCAGACACGGGGUUUCCAUGUCCGACCAAGAGAAAUCCAUCAGAUCAUUUUCUCCGCUGUAUCAAUUCAGAUUUUGAUGUCGUAACAGCCACUUUAAAAGGAUCACAAAGACAUUAUGAAGAACCAAAAGGACCAGACGCUUAUAUCAAGUUUUCAACAUCUGAGAUCAAAGCAACACUAGCCGAGAAAUAUAAAUGGUCAAAAUACGCCAAGAGAGUACAAUCAAAAAUGAAAGAACUGUCAGCAUUAAGUGGGCCUCAGAUGAGCACGAUUAAACCAAGUCAAGCAGGCUGGUGGAAGCAACUCACCACACUGACUCGGAGAUCUUUCAUAAACAUGUCAAGAGACAUUGGAUAUUACUGGCUACGGUUAAUUAUCUACUCCAUUGUGUCCAUAUGCGUUGGUACAAUCUUUUAUGAUGUUGGUACAGGGUACACCGCGAUCCUAGCACGAGGUGCUUGUGGUGGUUUUAUAACAGGGUUCAUGGUUUUCAUGUCCAUUGGAAGCUUCCCAUCUUUCAUUGAAGAUAUGAAGAUUUUUACAAGAGAAAGGCUCAAUGGGUACUAUGGGGCUGCUGUGUUCAUACUAUCCAACCUCCUUUCCUCUAUACCAUUUAUGUUUGCGAUUUCAUUAAUCACCGGGACUAUAACAUGGAACAUGGUGAAAUAUCGACAUGGGUUCUCUAGAUACGUCUACUAUUGUCUCAAUCUCUUUGCCUCAAUAGCAGUGGUUGAAAGUUGCAUGAUGGUUGUUGCAUCACUAGUUCCCAAUUUCUUGAUGGGGAUUGUAACUGGGGCCGGAAUCAUAGGGAUCAUGAUGAUGACCUCUGGUUUCUUUCGGCUACUACCUGAUCUUCCAAAACCUUUUUGGCGGUAUCCAAUUUCAUACAUAAACUAUGGAUCAUGGUCACUACAGGGAGCGUACAAGAAUGACAUGUUAGGACUGGUGUUCGACGGCCUAGCACCAGGCGACCCAAAAUUGACAGGAGAAGAUGUUAUCACAAAAAUGUACCGACUACCUUUGAAUCACUCAAAAUGGUGGGAUUUGACUGCGAUAUUUGCCAUUCUGGUUGGUUAUCGCAUCGUAUUCUAUAUGGUUCUUAGCUUUAAAGAGAGAGCAUCACCAUUUUUCCGAUCCAUGUAUGCAAAAAGAACACUCUAUCGUUUAAACAAGCGCCCAUCGUUCAAGCGAUUCCCAUCUUCUAGACGAUACCAUAAUCUUAGGCCUUUGUCUUCACAAGAGGGCCUUAGUUCCCCAAUUCCAUAGUAGUUUACACACUAUCAUUUCAAGAUUGUGUAAGUCUAAAUUUUGUUAUCUUAAUAUGGUUUUUUUGCUUCUACAUUUACAUCUUUGAUUCUCUUCAUUAGUGUACUUUAUUUUUUUCACA